UGAGCGUGAACAUUGUGACGUCACGUCGUGAACGCGCAGCCCGGCACUCGUCUUUAAAAAUAACAUUUUGGACCAGAGCUCUCUGGACUGAAGCAAGACGUCUGUUAGGAAUCCCACCUGAGAAGAACCAUGUGGGUCAUUUGCUGCAUCCUUGUGGCGUUGUUGCCGCUAAGCUCAUCCCAGACGUACCACUGGGGAGCCUGUCCGAGUCCUAAGGUGCAGCCUAACUUCAAUAUCCCGCAGUAUUUAGGGAAGUGGUACGAGAUCGCCAAGCUGCCCGCUAACUUCGAGAAAGGAAAGUGCAUCGAGGCCAACUACGCUAUACGACCAGACGGAACCAUUCGAGUGUUCAACUCGCAGUUCUAUAAAGACAAGGUGAGGACAGCAGAGGGGACAGGAGUGGUCUUCGACCCGAGAGAACCGGCUAAAAUUGGCGUCAGCUUCUCCAGCUUCACCCCCUACAGCCCGUAUUGGAUCUUGUCCACUGACUACACCAGCCUAGCCGUAGUCUACUCAUGCACCGAUAUCCUGCGACUGUUCCGUGUGGAGUACGCCUGGAUCCUGGGACGCUCACGCUUCCUUCCGCCGGACACGGUGCGCUACGCUCAGGAUAUUCUGCUGGGCGAGGGCGUGGACCUGUUCAAGAUGUCCGCCACCGACCAGACAGGAUGCAAGGACGACUAGAUCGGAACGGGCACGGCAUGCUAAUGAUAGAAUGACCUCAUCACUGAAUUGUUUUGAUCAUUAUCAAUACUAUCCAAUGAACAGAAUGCACUGAUAUCUAUAAAUUAUUCUGGGGUUUCGUAAAUUUCAAAUUAAAAGCAUUUUUUGUGGUGGAGAUUGUAUAACUUUCCUAGAAAUACGUGCAAAUUGUUAUUUAUUGAUUGAUCUUAAUUAAAAUGGCUUCUUUGUUGAUAAAAGGGGGACAAAUUAACUUACAAUAUUUUUUAUUAUAUUACUGGUACCGUAUAUAGGCUAUGUAUUUUGUACCUGAGAGUAUCGAAUAUUUAAAAAAUAUUGAUAUAUACAUUAAAGAUUCUUGUGUUCAAUUCUA